AUGCUAAGAAGCGCCCAGUCACCCGUAGCGAUAGCUUUUGAGCCCUGUCAUGGACAAGGACGUCGAAGCCAUGGCAGAGGAAACUCCGCGGGCGGGAAAUACUCCGGGGUCGUCCCCGUGCGCCUGGCCCUGACAGAACGGCGCGACGGCAUGCAACUCGGCACGAAGCAAAAGCGCGUUUCCUUUUUGUUGGCCAAGAUUGCCAAGAAAUUUCGGUUCUAUUUUGAUCACUCGGAGGUAUCGGUCGGAAGCUUGGGCAUUCGGAGCUUGGACCAGCAGCACAAAAUGUCGCUCAGACUUCUCAAAAACCCAAGUGCUGCAUCAGCUUGA